AUGGUUAACGUCCAUUCUUACGCCGAUUCUACGGAUGUUGCAGAUGCCGUUGCAAGGUAUGUGAUUAAGCAUCAAAAUGCUGCUUUGGAGAGGGGCCACAAAUUCAAAAUAGCUAUUAGUGGUGGAUCUUUGGGCAAGGUCCUUAACAAAGGUUUGAUAGCCAACAAGGAGAACUUUGCAAACGUCAAAUGGUCCAAUUGGGAAGUUUAUUUCAGCGACGAAAGAUUGGUUCCCUUGAAUCACGAAGACUCCAAUUAUGGUCUUUUCAAUGAAAUGGUUCUCAAAUCAUUGAGAGAACAUAACGUCGAAUUACCCAAGGUCAUCACCAUCGACGAAUCCCUCCUUGCCGCUGACGGCUCCACAGAUGACAAAAUUGCUUCUGAUUAUGAGGCGAAGCUUCCCGAAUCUUUGGACCUGAUCUUACUUGGUUGCGGUCCGGAUGGACACACUUGCUCUCUUUUCCCAGGGCACAAGCUUUUGAGUGAGAAUCGCAGAAGAAUUGCCUACCUUCAAGACUCUCCAAAGCCUCCACCAAGGAGAGUGACAUUUACAUUUCCUGUUUUAUUCAAUAGCAAAAACAUAGCCUUCGUUGCAGAAGGUGCAGGUAAAGCUGCGGUUCUCUCUCAGAUCUUCGAAGAGAAAGAUUCUGGAUUACCAUGUGAGCUCGUGAACAAGGGACCUGUUCCAGUUACAUGGUUUGUCAAUGAUCCCGCGAUCCAAGGCGUGCCUGUUACUGCUACUAAAUAUUAG